AUGGGGCGCCUCCGGCUCUCCCUACCUCUCAUCGCCCUUCCCGGCAGACCCAGGCGUCCGGCCCGGAGCGGGGCCUCCGCGGCGGCUUGGCGUUGGGAGGGAGGCGAGGAGCCAGGAGCCGGGAGCGAGAGGCGCCGGCGGGGCUCGGGUGUCGGGAGGCGGCUCCCGAGAGCAGCUGUCGGGGGCCUGUUCCGGGGAGAGGAGCCAGGGCUGAGGCGGCUCGCGCCCAGGCGCCGCCUCCCCCUCGCCCGGCGGCCCCUCCCGCCCUCCUCGGGCCCGCUCCCCUCCGCCGCCCGCCGCGCGCCCCGGUCGCCGCCCGCCCUUCCCCCUAGCGGGCCCAGGCGUCCCCGCGCUCCCACGCCAGGCGCCGCCCUCCCGGCCCCGCGCUCCUCUCCGCCCCGCCACGCCCACCCCGCAUUCCCCCGCGCGUCCCGGCCUCCCCCAGAAUUUUGCACUCUGAGGAGCACCAGAAUACCAGUUCCUACUUGGCUGCCCCGAAGCAUUACAUGGGUACUGGGGUCACUCUCACAGACCUCGGCUGGCUGCUGCAGCAGCAAACACCACAUCCUCAACAACCACAUCUGGAUGCAGAAAGCCUUUUGCAGAAGUGCCACAGCCGUCUUUCCCCCACAUCUCCCUGGGCUCAGAGCCCUACUCCUAAAUUGCUCAUGGCAAGAGGGAUGGAAGAGGCAUUAGACCAAUCAGAGGAAUAUAUCUCUUGGGCUGUGAAGGGACCUCCUUCUCUGAGUAUAUGGGUGGGCAGCCUGAAACAAAUAAAAAUUUGUAAAAACUUUGCUAGCAGGGAAGAGGGAUGACUGUUUUGUGAGUGCCAAGUGUCUUCUACAAAAUGCUUUCAUGAGAUUGGACAACCUUGCAUGAAGGGACUUGCCUGCCAUGCCAAAGGGUUUGGAUCUUAUCCAGUAGGUUCUGGAAAACCUUUUAAAAAAUUGAGCCUGGA